GACGUACGAUUUCUUGGCAGCAGCACUUUGUUAUUCUCCGCUGCCUUCAGUUUAGGGAGAGAAAGAGAGGAGCCCGCACGGAAUUAUUACAAGUGUCGGGAUUCUGGGGUAUGUGCCCCCCAGCUGCCUACUCUUGCCCCUGCCGGAGGGAGAGCCCCUGGAAUAGCCUUGAGAGCCCACUGGAUUGCAAGUGAAGCCGGUGAAGAAAGGACCAAGGUUCCGCUGCGAGCAGAAUGAACAUUCGUUAGGACCUUGAUCCCUUCCUGCUCCCCUCCGCUACUCUGUCAAGGACACAAGAAUGUACCAAGUGCUGCUCCGUGGGGUUCUUCUCCUUGUCUGCACUUACCUGUCCUCUGCCCUGGUGUUCCCAAAGGACCUGACGCCUAUUAGAAUCAUAGAGACAUUAACCACUUCUUCUUAUCCAUGGUUUCGGGGACUGGCCAGCGACGAUGACACGGCCCACCUAGGACUUGACUUUCAGAAGAUGCUUAAACUGAACCAAACACUAUUUGUAGCUGCAAGAGACCAUGUUUAUGCUAUCGAUCUGCGCAGAGCCAAAGAAGCAAUUAUUCCAGAUAAAUAUGUAACGUGGAAGACCCAAGAUAUGGAGAACUGCGCAAUGAGAGGCAAGCUGAGGGAUGAGUGUUACAACUACAUCAAGGUCCUGGUCCCCAAGAACGACCAAACUCUUGUGGCGUGUGGCACCAACUCAUUUAACCCCAUGUGCAGGAGCUACAAGAUCAAGACUCUUGAGCAGGAAGGGGAAGAGUUCAAUGGUCAGGCCCGUUGCCCUUUUGAUGCAAAACAAGCCAACGUCGCCCUUUUUGCAGAUGGGAAUCUGUACUCUGCAACAAUGGCGGACUUCCAGGCCAGCGACGCUGUUAUAUACCGCAGCCUUGGGGAGAAGAGCCCUGUCCUCCGGACCGUUAAAUACGACUCCAAAUGGCUCAGAGAACCUCAUUUUAUCCAUGCGGUGGAAUAUGGAAACUAUGUUUAUUUCUUCUUCCGGGAGAUUUCCAUGGAAUACACCACUAUCGGCAAGGUGACCUUCUCUCGCGUCGGCCGUGUCUGUAAGAACGACAUGGGCGGCUCCCCCAGGGUUCUAGAGAAGUACUGGACCUCGUUCUUGAAAGCCCGCCUCAACUGUUCGGUUCCUGGCGACUCCUUCUUUUAUUUCGACGUGCUCCAGUCCGUCAGUGAUAUCCUUACCAUCAACAACCGUCCGGCAGUCAUUGGGGUGUUUGGCACCCAGGCCAACAGUAUUACUGGUUCUGGGGUCUGUGCCUACUACAUGGAUGAUAUUGAGAAGGUGUUUAAUGGGAAGUUUAAGGAACAGAAGACUACAGAAUCUGCAUGGACCCCGAUUCCAGAAGACAAAGUCCCUACUCCAAGGCCCGGCUGCUGCGCUGGAUAUGGAAAAGCAGCGACCUACAAGACGUCGAAUGAGUUUCCCGAUGAGACCCUCUCCUUCAUCAAAUCCUAUCCUCUGCUGGACGAGGCAGUGCUCUCCAUCACCGAGACACCCUGGUUUACAAAAACAACCAGCAGGUUUAAGCUGACCCACCUAGCUGCUGAUACCUCAGCUGGACCUUACGGGAACUAUACCGUUCUGUUCCUGGGUUCCGAGGAUGGGAAAGUCUUGAAGGUCCUCUCCGGUACAACCGAAAACUCUACAGUGGAGACGCUUCUGCUUGAAGAUAUUAAUGUCUACAACCCGGCUAAGUGCAACGUCAAAAAGGAGGACAGGAGGAUUCUGGGACUGCAGCUGGACCGGGAGAACCAUGCUUUGUUUGUAGCCUUCUCGAGCUGCAUCAUCAGAGUGCCCCUGAGCCGCUGUGAACUGUACGGCACGUGCCGGAGGAGCUGUCUGGCGUCCAGAGAUCCUUACUGUGUUUGGCUUAAAUCCGGAGCCUGUGCCAGCUACCGCAAUGAUAUAAGGGGUAGCUUUGAGCAGGAUAUCGAGCAGUCGAAAAACUGGGGCAACUGCCAAGACGUUGUCACCUCUUCAGGAAGCGUCGGCAAUGAAGGGGACUCGGCUUACGGGAAAGCCCCGCCUAGCGGUGACAUCGCCAUUGCAAGUGUCGCCUCCCUUGGGCAUGUGACCCGCCUGGGCUAUUCCCCGCCAGGCGUGACAUCUGACGGUUAUUACCAACUCUCUGCCUGGCACACUCUAAAAACCCAGGGAGUGCGCCAGGAAGUUGGAUCCAUGGAAAGCUCCAAGAGUGUCCAUUUUACUUUCCUCAUUGGCUGCGUCUUUGUUGCGUUUGUGGUGGGAGCCAUAUUUUCCGGCUUGUUUGUGUCCUGCUACUGCAAUCACAUGUUUCAGAAAAACAAACACGUUGGACGAGACCCUGAAUCGAGUCUCCAAAGACCUCUCUCCUUGAGAAGCCUGGCAAAGAUGAACGGCCUUUUAGAAAGCCAGUCUAAAGAAGGAAGGAUGGAACCGACAUCUCCAAAGCUUUAUACAACAUUGCUUCACGGUGAAAAAGAGCAAACAACCGAGACAACUAAAGGGGAAUCAAAAGACCACCCUGAACUGUCUGGCCUUCCCACUCCAGAAUCCACACCAGAACUGCCGAUGAAGAACUUAAAGGCUUUCAAGAACCAAUGGGAAAGGAACCAGAACUGCAACAAUGCCAAAGAGAUUCAGGGGAAAAGCCCUGUAUUUCACUUUCCAGUUUCAAAUUCCCAAGUGUUUCAGUUUCCCAGUACUCUGGUCCUACCCACCAACAUGCACGGAUAUGACCAGCCUCUCUCAGGCUACGGAGAUGAUAAGAAGAUACCAAAUUCUGAACGAGCUCUAAUUAGGCAUUCCCAGUGCUAUCUUCCUAAAGGUGUUGAGAUGACCACACUGGAUGAACUUCUGAAGCACCUUCCAGAAUCUAGUGGGUCGCCGAGGAAAAUGUCAGGCAUGAUGGCCAUAAGCCCACAAGCUGUGAGUCCUCAUUCGCCGAUGUCCUUCAUCAACAAGGUUCAGCCUAAAAUCCCCGACACGGAAAGUGCACCUUAUUAUAGCUCCUCUACCCUUCCAAGAGACAGUCUGCCUAGAAGACUGGACAUACCACCAGAUGUGACGCCUCAGUCUUGCUUGGAGAAACAAUCAAGAUCACAGAGGCAUUCAUUAUCUUCAGGACAUAAACUAAUGAACAUUGGUCCAGGUGGACCAAUUCUUUCGAGACAGCACAGCCUGGGUCAAGGUAAUAGACAACACCCACCACCACCACUCCUGACAAGGAUGCAUUCUACUGGUACUCCCGUACCCAUGGAAAGCCACAGUGUCUUUCUGUCUCGCCAGCUUAGUUACCAGGAACAAACUCCCAUGUCAAGGAGCAUGGUGAAAAGGACCCUGUCCUUAAGACCAGAUGUGCCAUCCAAUUCAGUAUUUUUGCCAUCCUCGCCGGUGAAGGAUGCAGCCCAGUUUAAGUAUUAACACCGGCAGUUUGAUUUUUCUACCAGCUGAAGACACCAAGGAGACAGUGAAGCUCUUUGGACAAAAAUGUGAAUCAGAUUGUCUGCACUUUUGCCUUGGUGCCCUGAAAUUCUCUCACUCGGACUAGAGUUCUUCAUGCUGUCUAGUCAACUCCAGCAACAUGGUGGUUAGGGAACUAAAACAAAGAGUCGUUGCAAGCAAGGACCAUUAAUAGCAACCACUGAAACUGCCUUGAUGUUCAAGUGACAACUUAUGCUGUAGAUGGGUCGCUGUUGAACCUUUUUUGUGUGUGUGUGGUGUCAUAGAUUGCAUACGUCUCCACAGCUGGUGGAGAACAGAAGGCCAUUCAGUCGACCAUUUUGUUUGAUGAAGGAGGCUGAAGGUAAGCGGACUUAUUAUCUGUAUCCCUGAGCCGAAGAUUCGAUGCUGUUGAGGCACAUGAAACAAACGCAGCGCUUUUUCAUUGCUAACGGACAGUAUGAAAGGAUACCUCAAGCGGAUUAGAUGAAGUGUAAAUUAAUUUAUAUAUAUACAUACAUGUGUAUAUAUAUUUAGAUAUAUAUAUAUAUAUUUCACACGGUUACUUACUCCAUGUAAAAGGAGAUUAAUAUACCCUACUGUGUAGGGGCGAGAAAUUCACUAUUAAUAUUGCUGACCUUGUAAAGACGUUGAAAGAACUAAUGAGAUGUUGGUGCCUGAGCGGAACUAUAGUAUGACCCCCGCGGCCCCUUCUAAACACAGCGGUGAAGCUUUUCAGGAGCCAAUUAUCUGCAGCAUCCUCCACGGUUUCGCUUCCCCAGCAUUGUUCCUCGUCAAAGCCGUUCUUAACCUCCAGUCGUUGGUUGCAAAGGAUACGUGUUCAAGAUGGUGGCCAGACUCGCCAGACUAUAAGCACCGUGUGCUAAAGUGAAUUGGACUGGCACGUGCCACACGUCAUGUUUUGCUUCCCUGGGCAAAUGACAAUUGAAACGCGUUGGCCGAGAGAUAACGUCCCCUCCCCAACGGGGGGCAUCCUGCUUAGCUAUACACUCGUUGGAAACCAGUUAGCCCCAAUGGAUAGUCUGUGUACAUGUGUGCCUUAUUUCAACCUAGUCUUAUGAACAGUGCGAUUGUAGCAGCAACAUUUUGUGUUCAUUUUGUUCCUGAGUGGCUCUUUAUUUUGCAAAGGGUGCUGUUUUUUUUCCCACAUCCACGCUUAUUUACACGGCCUUCUCCGUGGCCAAUGCAGACAUGUUCCCAAUGCGUUUCCACCAAUGAAAAGUGUAGGCUAUAUUAUUAUGAAGACAUCACCUUGAGUUUCAAAAAAAAUGGUCAAGGUCUGGUCUGUAAGGGCCGGCUCAUUCACCAAAUAUUCGUGCGUCAAAAUUCCACCCUCUAUUACGAUAUAUUA